AUGAGGAGGUAUGGAGAGGGAGAGAGGAUGGAGAGGGAGAGGAGGGGACUGGCAGCAGAGUCCUGUCUAGCCAGCCAGAAGUCUGAGAGGGUGAGGACUGUGGCAGCAGAGUCCUGUCUAGCCAGCCAGAAGUCUGAGAGGGUGAAGACUGUGGUACCAGAGUCCUGUCUAGCCAGCCAGAAGUCUGAGAGGGUGAGGACUGUGGCAGCAGAGUCCUGUCUAGCCAGCCAGAAGUCUGAGAGGGUGAAGACUGUGGCACCAGAGUCCUGUCUAGCCAGCCAGAAGUCUGAGAGGGUGAAGACUGUGGUACCAGAGUCCUGUCUAGCCAGCCAGAAGUCUGAGAGGGUGAAGACUGUGGUACCAGAGUCCUGUCUAGCCAGCCAGAAGUCUGAGAGGGUGAAGACUGUGGCACCAGAGUCCAAAGGAGCCAGCCAGAAGUCUGAGAGGGUGAAGACUGUGGUACCAGAGUCCAAAAGAGCCAGCCAGAAGUCUGAGAGGGUGAAGACUGUGGUACCAGAGUCCAAAAGAGCCAGCCAGAAGUCUGAGAGGGUGAAGACUGUGGUACCAGAGUCCAAAAGAGCCAGCCAGAAGUCUGAGAGGGUGAAGACUGUGGCACCAGAGUCCAAAGGAGCCAGCCAGAAGUCUGAGAGGGUGAAGACUGUGGUACCAGAGUCCAAAAGAGCCAGCCAGAAGUCUGAGAGGGUGAAGACUGUGGUACCAGAGUCCUGUCUAGCCAGCCAGAAGUCUGAGAGGGUGAAGACUGUGGUACCAGAGACCAAGUCCAUCAAAGUUGUUUUCACCAAAGCAUAUGAUCUAUCACUGAAACCCCACCUGGUGUGGUGGACGUUGUCGAACCAGAUCAGAACUCCUUUCAGGACCACCUUCAGACCACCUUCCGACCACCUCCAGGACCACCUUCAGACCACCUUCUGACCACCUCCAGGACCACCUUCAGGACCACCUCCAGGACCACCUUCAGGACCACCUUCCGACCACCUCCUGGAGCACCUUCAGGACCACCUUCAGGACCACCUCCAGGACCACCUUCAGGACCACCUUCAGACCACCUUCAGACCACCUCCAGGACCACCUUCAGACCACCUUCAGGACCACCUUCAGGACCACCUCUGGGACCACCUUCAGGACCACCUUCAGGACCUCCUCCAGGACCACCUUCAGGAUCACCUUCAGGCCACCUCAGACCAUCUUCAGGCCACCUUCAGACCACCUUCAGGACCACCUUCAGACCACCUUCAGGACCACCUUCAGGACCACCUUCAGACCACCUUCAGGCCACCUUCAGACCACCUUCAGGACCACCUUCAGGCCACCUUCAGGCAUGGACUGAGAAGGACGGGGAGGUUUCUGACCAGGUAAAAAUUAUGUGAGACUGAACAUGGACGAGGUGCAGGAGAAACAGGAGAGCUACCUGAGGAGAAUCAAGAAGGGAACCAAGUGCUACGACAUCUGGGCCAAUUACUUGGUUUGGAAGAAGGUCGAAAGGAAAGCGAGACCUGCGAAACCUCGCUGCUCUUUCGCUCCUAGCUGGGGUCACCAUCUGUUAAGGUAAAUAUAAAACAUCUCUGAUAAUAACUAUUUGCAAAAUGAGCUCACAUCAACCACAUCCAUCAUAACAUCAACCUCGACCACAAAAACCAACCAGAGCCUCAACCACACAUCAAACUUAAACUGAACCACAGCCAUCAAACUCAAACAAAACCCCAAUCUCCAACCUCAACCACACUGCCCUCUGGUGACUGUUACCAUGUAACUAUAUCAGAGGUUGGCAACAGGCGUCCAAAACCGGCCCACAAGUGAUUUAUUUUGCCCCCCCCCCCAAAAAAAAAAGUUUUUAGUAAAAUUAUUUGACUUUUGUUUUUGGUAAAGAAAAUAAGGAAUUCUGCUAAAAAAUGAAAUUUGUUCCCAUGAAUAAAAAUCAAAGUUUGGGAUUGUGUCUCAAUGUAAUCAAGGUAUGAAAUCAGCAUGUUAUUUUAAAAUGCAAGGUCUUCAUGGACUUACUUGUGGUCAAUUUGCUGGGUUCAAAAUUAUUAUAACUAUGUUCUGUCCUCACAACCAUCCGCUCAGACAAAAAACCUUCCCGCUGCUGAGUUGCCUACCCGUGCACUAGAUGGUGCUGUUUACCAAUAACAGGGACUCUUAUGACUUCUUCUUGAGAAAUGAGUGAAACUGUUAGCAGCUGAUGUUGUUCUUUAAUAACACAGACCCCAAAGCAAAUAACUAGCUUUAAGCACCAACUGUCAGAGCAGCUCACAGAUUACUGCACCUGUACAUAGCCCACCUAU